ACUGUCACUCAAGGACCUAGUGGGUGUUACCCAAUGUCUGUUACCAGUUUACUUCGUAGGAUUUACAAAGGUAAUUUAGUAUAACCGUGAUUGACACUGACAGUAGACAUCGACAAGCGUGAUAUACUUUCUACGAACAGAACACGGAUACACUAACUGUAACCGAUCAGUUUUAGAUAAAGGACAACCCGAGUGAGCUAAAAAAAUAGUGUUACUUCAUCGUAAACCACCGGCCGUUAUCAACCAGUGCCUUCUAUCAGGGAGUUCGUGAAGAAGUGACGACGGUUUCUACACUUUUACAUUUGGUGCCUGGACUGGUCGAUUCAUUGAGUGUCUUUAUGUGACAGUUGCGCUAUUUGCCCGUUUGUUUCGAGAUGGCAGAAUUACCACCGCCGCAACAGUUGGUUGAUAUUGACCCGGAUUUCGAGCCGCUCUCCCGCCCCCGGUCAUGCACCUGGCCUCUGCCUCGACCGGAGUUCAUCGAACCCGCCAGCUCGAACACAUCUUCACCGGCGCCUUCAGUGAAGCAGGAGCCUGUCGAAUACAUUAGUAACCUCAGUUUGUUAGAGGAGUCAGAGGACUACCCGGAGGAUGAGAAACGGCUCGUUUUGUGCAAUGAUUUUCAAUGCCAGGAGAAAUGUAUACACCAGCAACAGCAUCAUCCACAGCAGUUGCAGAAACACCCGGGUACUCUGCUGCCACACCAGCAACAGGUGCCCCCGCUCUCGUCCCCCGUCGGGUCGAACUCGGUGGCCGCUGCCGCUGCUGCACAGAGGAAAAGCAGCUCGUCGCGUCGGAACGCGUGGGGGAAUAUGUCCUACGCGGACCUCAUCACCAAGGCGAUAGAGAGCUCACCCGAGAAGCGACUCACCUUGUCUCAGAUCUAUGACUGGAUGGUGAAGAGCGUGGCAUAUUUUAAGGAUAAAGGAGACAGUAAUAGCUCUGCAGGUUGGAAGAACUCCAUCCGCCACAACCUGUCCCUCCACAGUCGUUUUGUUCGUGUACAGAACGAGGGGACAGGAAAGAGCUCCUGGUGGAUGCUGAACCCCGAGGGAGGUAAGAGCGGGAAGUCCCCCCGACGUAGAGCUGCCUCCAUGGACAACAACAGCAAAUUCACCAAGAGCAGAGGACGGGCUGCAAAGAAGAAGGUGGCUCUCCAGGUGGAUGGGGGUGCAGACAGCCCGGGAGGCUUCCAGUACUCCAAGUGGCUCGGCAGCCCCAACUCCCAUAGCCACAGCAACGACGACUUCGAGACCUGGACCACCUUCCGGACGCGCACCAGCUCCGACGCCUCCACCCUCUCUGGCCGUCGCUCUCCCUUCCUGGAACAGGAGGUCGACCUAUCAGAGGCCGACGUCCACAUGGGCUACCCCGGAGGGGUGGGGCCUAAGAUGACCUCCAUGGCUACCCUGCCUAGCCUAUCAGAGGUGGGCCUAGCCGACUCCAUGGGUGGUCAUCACCACGGUCACCACGGAACAGAGAACGUGAUGGAUAGCCUCCUUGACAACCUCAACCUGCUGUCCCCCAAGAAUCAAACCCAGCUGGGGGUAGGCGGUGGUCCUGGGUCUGGGCCUGACUCCUCCCGGUCCUCUCCCUCCUCCAAGCUUCAGAACAGCCCUUAUAGCUCCCCCUCCAUGACCCCUCACCCCCAGCCCCAACAGCAGGACUAUAGGAAGUGCCACUACGGCCAGGCCGGGCCAGGGAUGAAUAGCCCACAUCUCUCUCCCAUCCCCAUGCAGACGCUGCAAGAGAGCAAGUCGCCAGGGUCAUUCGCACCCUUCCUGAGCCAUUACAACUGCCCUGCUGGGCUACUCAAGGAGCUGUUGACCUCUGACGUAGCCGACCCUUGUUGUGGUGGGGAGGCCAUGCCCUCCAUGGAGACUGUAGUGUCCCAGUCUGGGAGAGGAGGAGGAGGGCGGAUGCUUCCCAACUACAGCAGCCAGGUGCAGGUAGGGGGGCACGGGGGGGUGAAGAUAAUGAGUCCCCCACCUCAGCAACACCCACAGCACCCUCAGUCACAUCCUCACCCUCACCCGCGGCCCCUCCACAGCCAGGGCCCUCCCCCCUCUGGGCCCUCCAUGAACAGCUGUGGCCUGAUUCCCCUGACCAGCCUGAACCACGCCGGGGGCCCAGCCCGUCUUGCCAGCCUCAGGACACACAUCCACCAGCUACAGCAGCAGCCACGGGGUGGUGGUGGUCACCCAGCCUCAGGCCACCAAAACCACAGUCCCCACCACAGCGGAGCUCCUCCACCCAGCUACGGCAGCAGUGCUAAUGGUUAUGUGAGGCCAGGUCCAGGCCACGGCCACAGCUCUGGUCAUCCCCAGGCUCACCAUCACCACCAAUAUCACAACCAUCAUCAGGAGAGGCUGCCUAGUGAUCUCGACGACAUGUCCAUCGAGAGGUUUGAGUGUGACAUGGAGUCUGUUCUUCAUGACACGCUGAUGGACGGAGACUCUCUGGACUUCAACUUUGACCCCAUGGUAACCUCUCAGGGGUUCAGUCAGGGGGUUGGGGUGAAGACCACCACACACAGCUGGGUGUCUGGCUAGGACACACACCUCUCAGACAGAUUUUUCAUCAUUCACCACUGGCCUUUCACCCUUCGCCACUGGCCUUCAUUAAGAGAAUGGAAAGGUCUAAAGAAACCAUUGCCCCUCUCCACAGGACUAUCAUCAGCCCGUCCCAAUUCUCUCACUAUACCAUUGCAGAUCUGUAAGGUGGAAGAAAUAAUACAUUUUGCGAAGAUCGAAGGGUAAUGGCCAAGGGGAAGGGCUAGAGCGUGAAUCGGGGCUGGCUGAGACUGUGCUUGUUUGGAGGGAACGUCUCGUCUGAAGUUGGCUUUGUAAAUACAGCAGCGCUCGACUCGGCACAAUAUUAUUCACUUCAACAGAACCUGGAAGAAGCUGGAGCCUGAUUUACAAAAAGCUAUGUUUUGUUGUGAACAAGGUUGUCAAAAAGCAUUUGGCAUAUUAUGUAUGAAUAAAAUAUUAGGGAUGUAAAAUAUGCUACAAUACUUCGAACAUAUGUAAUGUAUACUGUGUGUAUAUUUGUGAUAAGGAAUAUUCUUACAUUUUAUCAUAUUUCCUUUCUCUGUGUGCAUUUAAAAUUCAUUUUUUCAUUGCCUCUCAUUGCCUUUCAAAUGACCAAUUACCAAUGCUAUGUUGAACCAUCUACCCAGGAACCAGUCCAGCAUAGGGAUAGCCAAAGUCACAGUGAUUCAGUGAUAGGACAAAUCAGACUAGUUCAGUGAUAAUAGAUAUAUGUAUUUUAGUGAUAGGACCAAUCAGAGAAGUGCAUCAAGUGCUUACUUAUCUAACAUCUCGGGCUAUUCUUACCUCAGCUGUUCAUCACUCUUCCCUUCUCUUGCCCUUCAAGUCGCUUUCGAGUUACGAUUCCUAAUUCCAUCUACUUUUCUCUAAUCAUCAUCUAUCUGAUUGUGACAAUCACACUCUCCCUGGCCUUCAUUCAGCUCGCAUCCCUGACUCCUUUUUUUCACUCCCACCAUUUCCCUCCCACUCUCCUACCCUUUUCUAACUCAGCUCUCUUUGUGCCUUAUUACACUCAAUCCCUCUCUUUAUCUCUCUCUUUCUCUUUCUCUCUCUCUCUCUCACUCUCCCCCUCUUCCUCUCUUUCUCUGUCUGUGGGUGUCAGGGCGCUGUAUGCAUUAGGAGGGCAGUGAUAAUUUGAGAGGCUGAUAAUGGACUCUAGUUUAACUCACAAAACAGUGCUCAACAGCAGAACACAGGAUUUGAGCUUUUUUCCUCCCUAGCAACCCUCCCCCUCUCCCUCCUUUUUUGUCACACACCAAAAUGUGUGACCUAAAUAACCUGAUGUUUUAGAGUCUGUGCUGAUUCACUGCACCUUUUAUAGUCUCAGAUUUAUGUAAGUAAGUUUGGGAAAGUCAAGGCUUUACUUGUUACUAGACUUUGCAUUGUAGUUUAUAAUAAUUCCUUGAGUGACCUGUGAGAAUCUGUGUAGUGCUGGAGUAACCUGGUAGAGUCUGCACCUAUAGGUUGCCAUUUGGGACUUCACCUAAAUCAGCUGUCUCAAACUCCAGGCACGGGAGCUACUGUAUAUCAGCCCCACAAGAUGCUUUCUUGUGUUCCCCAGAUUAAUAUCUAAUUUGAGUUUGAGGUCUAAAUGGAUUCCCCUCUUUACCAGCCUCUCCCCCACCUGGCUGUUUACUAAACAUGUUUAAUUAAUGCAAUUUAAGAUGAGUUAACGCACACUCACACACUCAUACCUCAACUUAUUUUACCUCUCACCGUUCUGUCACAGUACAUUGGGUAUGUAAAAUAUGAUCCAUAACUUUUUUCUUGAUGUACAGCAUGGAUGGACAUGUUAUUGAUGUUAGAAUGGACCCUUCACAAACCUUACCAGCUAUAUGUGUACUUAGUGAUAUAAUAUAUUUCUUCUUUCACUUUUUAUUGAUUCCAUUUUUCUCUCAAAACUAUCCCUUACCUACUUUCAGCAUGUGACCUCACUGUAAAUAAUAAGAAAUUAAUAUGUAGAUUAUUUGAAAUUAAUGAAACAUUUAAGAUAGGGUAUGCAGUACCUACAGAGACCCUAUUGUGAGAGACUGCCUGCAUCCCAAAUGGUACCGUAUUCCCUAUAUAGUGCACAUGGGGUUCUGUUAAAAAGUAGUACACUACAUAGGGAAUAUGGUGCCAUUUGGGACCGUCACACUAUGUUAGUUCCAGUUUUCAGAUCAUCAUUCUUGAGAAAAUUAUAUCGUAUAAAAUCUUAUUAUUAUUAUUAUUAUUAUUAUCUUAACUUUUUGUUACUAUUUUAUUUGAUUUAAAUACUCAACAAAAAAUGAAGUAUUCAGCUAAUAGAUUAUGCAAUGAUUUAAGUGCUCUUUUUGUUUUUGAAAGCUGACAUUGUUACUUAGCUGCUGUUUGUAUAAAAAAAUGAAUAACUGAAAGUAAACAUUUUGAAAUUGACUUCGUAAACAACAUAUACACAAAAUAUAACGUGAAUAAAAGUCGGACCAAUUUACGUUUACAAUGUUGCACUUCUAAAGUUUUGUAGUUACUCAAGUGUUUUAUAUAAUUAGUUUUGACUGUAAAGAUUUGACAGAAAACUGCUUAUCCUCAAACAUAAACAAGUGUUUGGGCCUGUUACAUUUCUUAAUUUAUGUACAGAAAGUAAAAUGUAUUUUGAUAUUUGUCUGAGAUUUGCCAUAAAAGUACAAUGAGAUUUGUUUAUGAAUUACAAAUGAUCUACAGUGGGGUCCGGAAUUAUUGUAUCUCUUAAUAAAGAUGAGUUUCUUUGAAUAAAGUAUGCUCAAUAAA